UUUUUGUUUUGUUUUUUCUCAUAUUGUUCAAUAAUCUUAUCAGAUUUCUACGUUCUAUGAUGGUGUUGAUUCACAUUUGACAUUAUUUUACAAAAUUUAACUUGGCCUUCUCAUAUUCAUUAAUCACACUAUUUGUUACUUCAAUAAAUAACAUCUACAGAAGAUUUUGAUUUUGAUUUUGCCUUUUCUUCUCUGUUCUGUUUCUGUCCGACUCCUUUUUCCCUUGAUAAAGUUUCAGUCUUUGCACUCAAGAAUGGCUAAAGAGAACACAGGUCAACAUCAGCAAACAGAAGCGAGAAGAAAGAAACUAACUUUGGUUCUUGGUGUAAGCGGACUCUGUAUUUUGUUUUACGUUUUAGGCGCAUGGCAAAACAACAAUGUCCCUGCAUCUUACUCCAAAAUGGGAUGCGAAACUAAAUCAAAUCCUUCUUCUUCAACCUCCUCCUCAUCUUCUGAGUCAUUAGAUUUCAAAAGUCAUAAUCAGGAUGAGUUCAAGGAAACAAACCAAACCAUCAAGUACUUUGAACCAUGUGACUUAUCCCUCAGUGAAUACACUCCUUGCGAAGAUAGACAAAGAGGAAGGAAAUUCGAUAGGAACAUGAUGAAAUAUAGAGAAAGGCAUUGUCCUUCAAAAGAUGAGCUUCUCUACUGUUUGAUUCCUCCUCCACCAAACUACAAGAUUCCAUUCAAAUGGCCCCAAAGCAGAGACUAUGCUUGGUAUGGCAACAUCCCUCAUAAAGAGCUCAGUGUUGAGAAAGCAGUCCAAAACUGGAUUCAAGUAGAAGGUGACCGGUUUAGAUUCCCUGGUGGUGGAACUAUGUUUCCCCGUGGAGCCGAUGCUUAUAUCGAUGACAUUGCUAGGCUCAUUCCUCUUACUAAUGGUGGAAUCCGAACAGCUAUUGACACUGGAUGUGGUGUUGCUAGUUUUGGUGCUUAUCUCUUGAAGAGAGACAUUAUGGCUGUGUCUUUUGCUCCAAGAGACACUCAUGAAGCUCAAGUUCAGUUUGCUUUAGAACGUGGAGUUCCUGCCAUAAUUGGAAUCAUGGGAUCAAGAAGGCUUCCUUACCCUGCUAGAGCUUUUGACCUUGCUCAUUGUUCUCGUUGUUUGAUCCCUUGGUUUAAAAAUGAUGGUUUGUACCUGAUGGAGGUGGACCGAGUUCUAAGACCGGGCGGUUACUGGAUCCUCUCGGGGCCACCGAUAAACUGGAAACAGUACUGGAGAGGUUGGGAGAGAACAGAGGAGGAUUUAAAACAAGAACAAGAUUCAAUAGAAGAUGUAGCAAAGAGUCUUUGCUGGAAGAAAGUGAUUGAAAAAGGUGACUUGUCCAUUUGGCAAAAGCCUAUCAAUCACAUUGAGUGUAAAAAGCUCAAACAAAACAACAAAUCACCUCCAAUAUGCAGCAGCUCGGACAACGCCGAUUCUGCUUGGUACAAAGACUUGGAACCUUGCGUAACACCGUUACCAAACACAAACAAUCCAGAGGAAUCAGCAGGUGGUGCGCUCGAGGAUUGGCCAGACCGAGCAUUCGCGGUACCUCCUAGGAUCAUCAGAGGUACCAUACAAGACAUCAACACCGAGAUGUUUAGAGAAGACAACGAGGUUUGGAAAGAGAGGAUAGCUCAUUACAAGAAGAUAGUCCCAGAGCUUUCACGUGGAAGAUUCAGGAACAUAAUGGACAUGAAUGCUUACCUCGGUGGUUUCGCUGCGUCGAUGCUUAAAUACCCAUCUUGGGUCAUGAAUGUUGUUCCAGUCCAUGCAGAGAAACAGACUUUAGGCGUGAUCUACGAGCGUGGAUUGAUUGGGACGUAUCAAGACUGGUGUGAAGGAUUCUCUACUUAUCCAAGAACUUAUGAUAUGAUUCAUGCAGGAGGAUUGUUCACUUUAUAUGAUAACAGAUGUGAUUUGACGCUGAUAUUGUUGGAGAUGGAUAGAAUAUUGAGACCAGAAGGAACGGUUGUGUUGAGAGAUAAUGUGGAGAUGUUGACGAAAGUAGAGAAAAUAGCGAAGAGAAUGAAGUGGAAUACUCAAAUUGUGGAUCAUGAGAAAGGUCCAUACAAUCCUGAGAAGAUUCUUGUUGCUGUUAAAACUUAUUGGACUGGUCAACCUUCUAACAACAGUAACAAUAAAUAGUGUGCCAAUUCUCUUGGCUCCACUCUCCUUUGUGUUUAUUUAUUUAUCUUUGCUUUACUAAAAUCCUGUUUUGUACUUAUUUUCUAAAAUCAUGUCUCAUGACUAUUAGGUUUAGAAUCAAACAUUUUUGAUCGAAGUUUAACUUUAAGUAAUUUAUAUAUGUUUAGUUUUAUUUAUGAAAUGUUAAGAGUAUAUAAGUGAUACGAAUUUGGCACAACUGUCCUAUUCAUUUGCUCAAAUAUCUCUCUACACCGUAACCUGUGAUUAGUAAGGGUAUUAAAAUGACAUUUCGCCUGACUCAUGAUGUGUUUGGGUUUUUUCAUGAGUUAAUCAUAUUCUAUACUAGUGGUAUUCCCGCGCAAAGCGCGGGAUAUAUUAUAUUCGGUUAAACAUAAGUUCUGUUUGUAUAUACUUACUCGUUUAUUUAUUUUAUUAAUUUAUUGUUUAUUUAAAAAACAAUUCUACUAUAUAUACUAUUUAUCAUUAAGUAUAGUUUUUUUUUUAGAUAUGUGCUGAAUUGGUCUCAAGCAGUUGAAACUAUGCAAGAAUGUUCAAUUUUCGGUUCAGUUCCAUUUUGUUUUUCUCUAUCUUUUGUUUUUUAGGUUCUAGAAAUAUAUGAACCAUUCAAUUAUUUAUGAAACUUUCUUUAGUUUUGGUUUGGUUAUUUUGAUCUUUGGUUUAGUUCGGGUACCAAUCGUAAGAACCAACUAAUAUCCAAUAAGCUUUUAGUUCUAAUUCAGUUCUGGUUUGGUUAAUUUUGGAUAAUUCAGGUAAAAGUCAGAUCUUUUCAGUUUUGGGAUUUAAUAUCGGAUAAUCCAGAUAAAUUUUAAUAUUGAAACAAAAUUAUUUUCAGAAAAAAAUGUAAUUAAAGAAAGAAAAGGGUAAAAUGGUAAAUGACCAUAUUAAAUAAAA